AUGUCCGCCCAGCAGCUGCAGCCAGCGCGCGACAUCCCAAAGAGCACAUCCCCAAUCUGGGACUCCCGCAACCGGCCCUUCAUCUCGCCUGCCCAGCUCCAGCAGCUUCGCAGGGCAGAACAGCUCUCUCCAAACACUCCCAACAAGGACUUCUCUUCCUCAGACAUGCUCCCCUCCACAUCCUCGACGCCACCCAAGCCUCCAGCCCACGGCCGUUCCACUUCUUUCUUCUCCACCUUCCUCGGCAAGGGCUCGUCUUCUAAUGGAAACACAUCCGAGGGAAACAGCACCCAUCAGCACUCGCAGUCCCUCCAGGUCGGUAGGCCGGCCACUCAACGAGCAGGUACAACAGACGAACUCGGCAGGAUCCCCACGCGCGAUAAUAAUAAAGCCCCUGACAUCCAACCCACCUCGCGCACCUCCAUCGACCGACGUCCAACAGCAGCAGCGCAACAACCACCCCCCCUCCAUCCCGAGAUUCGUUCCGUCGUCGGCCUCACCGUAGCCCACGCACACAAGAUCUAUCACUCCGGUCCGCUCGUACGACGGAUCGAACGGCUGCCCGAUGGUCAUCGACCGACGAAGGACGAAGGGUGGAGGGAGGUCUGGGGACAGCUUGGGGGGACUACGUUUAGUAUUUGGGAUAUGCAGGAGAUCGAGGAGGCGAGGCAGCAGGGGACGGAGGUUCCGCCUACUUAUAUCAAUAUCACGGACGCUUUCGUCCAAGUCCUAGGCUCCGUCACCAUCCCAGCCACAGACCGUUCCCCUCCCCAGAAAUACACCAACGUAGUCACAGUCAACAGCGCAGGCUCGAACCUCCUCCUUUUUUCCUGUCCGUCGACGGCGGCGCUGAUCUCGUGGGCGACCGCGCUGAGGCUCGCGAGUUGGGAGAAGUCGAGGUUGGAGGAGAUAUAUACGGCGCAUUUGAUGAGGAUCGCGCAUGGGGAAGCGAGCCAGUAUUUGCCGACCCCGCUCGUGAGGGGCAGAAUGGAGGGCUGGGCGCGUAUCCGGAUCGCAGGCCAAACGGACUGGAAGAGGCUUUGGAUGGUUGUCCUCCAGGGUUCUUCCUCUCCACCCACUCCCAACGCCGCCAACACCAACACCAACGGCAACGGCAACGGCAACGGCAACGGCAACGGCAACGGUAACCCCCGCCCCCCCUCGCCCUCCCAAUCCCGCAAACGCCGCCUCUCCAACCUCUUCGGCUCCAAUCCCCAUCCUCAAGACCCUACCCCCUCCUCCUCUUCCUCUUCCCGCCCUUCCUCUUCCCACGCCAACGACCUCCCCCCCAAACCCGCCCUCCUCUUCUACCUCUCCCCCAAACCCCGGGACCGCAAAAAACCCGUCCUUAGCCUCACCGAAGUCUCACAAGCUUUCGCCGUAUACCCCGAACGGCCGGAAUUGAUCGCGAGGAGUACGUUGGUUAAGGUGGAGGGGGUGUUGGGGGAUGAGGAGGUUGGAGGGGGGAUGAGAGGGCGGGAGGGGUGGGUGCUUGUUAUGCCGGAGGGGGAGGGGGUUGGUGCGGGGGCGGGAGGGGGAGGAGGGGGUGGGUUGGGUGCAGGAGGAGGAGGGACGGGAGGAGGGGCGGGGGAGAUGUUGAGGUGGAUUACGGGGAUACAUGAUGCGUUUAGACUUUAUGGGAGGCCGGGGGAGUAUUCGUGGGAUCCGAGAGACGUGAAUUCGAUGAUGUUUGCGUAUCCGAUUGGGCCGGGGAGGGAUCAACUCUUCCUCGACCGCGAACACGCAGAGAACAUGGACCCCCGAGACGACCGCACCUCCGCCGUGCGCGGCCGUCUCCUCGAGAUCCUACAAGAACGCACGAAGGCGAUCAUGGGCGUCCCUGAGGUCUCUUCAUCUGCAUCUGCAUCUGCAUCGGGAUCGGGAUUGGGACAAGCAACGUCAAGCGCACCGCCGACACUUCCGCCGUUACCGGGUAUCGAGGACGAUGAUGAGGCCGGGGCGGGACGACGGAGUAUGGACGAUUUAGAACCAGGCCGACGAGGAAGUGUGGACGCGCGCGGCUCGGGGUCGACGCUGCCACAACUCCCGCCUCUCAGUUUCGAUUCGAUCACUUCCACUUCCAGCCCUGGAAGACCACAACCUCAACACCUCAAUACAUCUGGGAGUGCCGGUGGAAGACAUGGAACGCAGCAACAAGCGCCGCUGACGCCGAUUUCGGAGAGGAAUACGCCGGAGAGGUCGAAUAGCCGGCCUUCGCAUUUUGAGGUGAGGUCGCCGGAAGGAGCGGGGAGGUAUGGAUCUGGUGGUGGUAGCGCCAAUGCAGGUGGGUCAGGAGGAGGUGGGGCGGGACAAGGAGGACAAGGACAAGGAGCGACACACGAACGAAGCACAAGUCGCGGAUCGGGACCGGGGAUGGCGAUGUUUGACGGAGAGAUGAGGAUGACGGGCAGUCGACCGAGCGGGAACGUGAAUGAGCCGCUCGUGCCUGUGCGGAGGACGAGUGCGGGCUCUGGGUUGGGUUAUUCGUUCGGGGGCUCUACCUCUCCCAGUGCUGGGAAACCGUCCAGUCCAGGUCCGGAUCCAGCUCGUAUCGCGCUCCCGAUGUCGCCCCCUCCUCCGUCCUUGUCUGAAGCCCCAGGCUCAGCUAGCCGUUCGAUGUCUUUGUCGCUGUCUUUGUCCUCUGCGUCGAUGGGCAACGCUACGCCUGUAUCGCCUGCGUCGCAGUAUUCUCAGCCGCCACAAACUCAGCCUCAUCAGCCUCAGCCAGGACAUCAACCUCAAUCUCAGCACACGUUCCGCUCGACUUCUCCUGCGUCUUCGUCUUUGAGACAAGGUCAAGGCUCGAUCGGCUCUGGAAUGGGAAUGGGUAUGGGCAUAGUUCCCGAUAGAUCGUCAUCGCCCAGCAGGAUGUCUUUCCUCACCUCACCCUACUCCGCCUCUGCGACGGAUAAUACGCACCACGAGUCGUUCAUGGGCUUGGGCAGUGGCGCGAUGAUGAUGGAUCAUGCCUCGUCCAACUCAAGCGCGAACCCGAGGCCGAGCAGCACGGCGUUCUCGAUCCGGACACAUAAUUCGGGGGCGUCCGGGAGUUCGUUACCUAUGCCGCCUUAUCCUGCGGGCAUGCCUGGGUCGCCGCUUGCGCCGAGGGAUCAGCAUCAUGCGAAUGUGAAUGCGCCGCUUCCACCACCGCCACCGACAGCUACGACGACUGCGUCUUCGGUCUCGACUUCUCCUUCCAGUCUGGGCGGUCAACAGCAGCAGCAGCAGCAGCAGCAAUAUCCACCACAGCGUCAAGCACCACCGCCCACGAGUCCUCCCCCUCCCCCUCCUGUCCCUUCGAAGCAACAACAAGACGACGAUCAUGGUCUCUUCGAGGAAGCCGGUGCGUUAUACUACAUGCAACAAUUCCACCCCGAACAUCAGCAGCCCCAAGCUCGCAGGGCAGGAGCAGUGGCCGGUCCUCCUCCCCCCAUCGGCGAAGACAGCGAGGAAGAGUCGAGCUCGUCGAGUUCUGAUUAUCCGGGGACACCUCCCGUUCCUUCUUCCGCGCAACCUAAUACCGUCAAACCGUUACGUGUGGGAUCGCCGCUGUCUCCACAGCAGCAGCAGCAGCAACGCCAAAAUCAGAAUCAGAAUCAGAAUCAGGCUCUGAGGUCGCCACGGUCGCCACCCAUAGUUGGUAGCGCUGGUGGCGGGGGUAGUCGCGUGGCGGCGAUCGAGAAGUUAGGAACGGGGCCUGGCAUCGGCCGGAGACCGUCUGGCGCUCGGGCACCGCCGAGCACCCGACGCGUGGUGACGGAACGUGCUGCUCGAGAGCUGCCUUCGAGCGUCGAGGAAGACGACGUGGAGGACUUUGAAGACGACGACCAAGACGAAGACGACGACGGUGAAUCUCACGUUACGAAUCUUCCGCCGAGGCAUCAGCAGGCGUUACAGCAGCAGCAACAACAACAGCAGUUCCAACAACAACAGCAACAGUUCACCUCGUACGCGUCCCCCACGAUGCAGGCAGCGCAGCAUCACGCCGACGACGAUACCGCGGACGCCUUGGCCGCUCUCUCAUUCUUGGAUCAAGGCGAAGACUCACAGACCGUCGCGCAGAAGGUCGCCGACGCCAAUGCCAACCCUCAGCCCAGCACCGGAGCUCCUAACCCGACGAUCGUCGAGCCCGAAAACGACCAGCAGAGGGCACCAUCUCCCGGUAGCGAUGCGGCCUCGCAGUAUAGGUCGUCUUUCGCGCCGUCGAAGAACGCGAUGCAGAGGAAGGCAAAGUCGGAGGCUCAGCAGGCUGCGCAGCAGGACGCUGUGCAUCGGCCGGGACGGGUGAAUGGCGGGAAGGAUAGGAAGACGAAGGCGAAGUCUGGGGGCGCGUGGGGGGAUAGUAGUGAUGAGGAGGAGGAGGAAGAGGAGGAAGAAGAAGACGAUGAGGAUGUGGAUUCGGAUGGAGGCGCGGAUUCGAGGGGGAGGGCGACGGCCCCGAGGUCGGUACAGGGUGCGAGCGCGAGCCCUGCGAGGUCUGCGGCGCAUUCGGUUUACUCGCAGGGUAGGGGACCAUCGCCUGCGGGUCAGAUAGGAGGGGAGGGGCAGUAUGGGCAGAGUCAAUUACGUCCUCCACGGAAUUUGCCUCAGGUUCCUGGUGGGAGACCUCAAGGCUUCGAGCCUGGAGAACCUCACGCACCCAUUCCCCGCCAAAUGAUCCCUGAUCAGUACUCCGAAGCUGGCCGCUCCACGAUGUACAACGAUCUGCCUCGUCCUCCUUCCACCAGAGCACCUUCAGAGUACCUAGGCUCUGCCGCGCACGGCCCCAUGCCUCCUCGCCAAAGCCAAACCAUCUGGAACCAGUUCGGCAACGCCCCGCAACAACCUGACAAAAACGGCACCUUCGUCCAGAUCGAGCCUGCUUCCCAAACGAUGACCCAAGCCUUCACCCCUCACGGUCUCCUCUCCGCCGGUCUCCAAGACAAGAACGAGCGUUCGGCCAAGAAGCAGGAAGAGCUCGCGCGUGAGACCGGCGCGUCCCUCAUCAACGUUCCCAACAAGCCUCCGCCUCCACAGACCGGCCUCCUCGGGGCCAUCACCGCGCACGAACGCGAUCGCAAGCGCGAGGGCGGCGUCGGGGCUGCGCUUACCGAGCGCGAACGGGAGAAACGGAUGGCGGAGGAGCGACAGCGGAAGAUCGACGAGUUGCAGCGGCAGCAGCUCGAGUUCGUGCAGCAGCAGGGGGGCUCGAUGUACGGUGCCCCGCAAGGGUACAACGCCUUCAACCCGAUGAUGAUGAUGAACCCGAUGAUGACCGGCAUGAACCCUAUGAUGACCGGAAAUCCUAUGAUGGGCGGUUACAUGGGUUAUCCUGGCAUGGUCCCCGGAUACGGAAACCAGCAACAUAUCAUGGCGGCUCAGCAGGCGGCGGCACAGGCGUACCAGCAGGCCAUGAUGACGUUUUCCCAGGCAGGUGGCUCGCAGAUCGGAGGAGAGGGAGGAAGAGGAGGGGCGGGGAGUCCUGGACCGGGGCAGAUGGGCCCUAUGAACCCUAUGAUGACGGGAGGAGCGAGUCCGAUGCCUAUGAGCCCUAUGAUGACGGGUAUGGGCGGGUACGACCCCAGGUUCUCGAUGAUGAACCCGAUGAUGACGCCCAUGGGCAUGCAUGGUAUGGGUGGAAUGCCGAUGCAGAUGACCGGAGGAGGGGGCUCGCCUGGGUUCGAUAAUCGCUUCUCGCAAUUUGACCCGGGCCUUCAGCCGCCAAAUGCGGGGUUCAAUGGGGAGAGUAGGGUCUCGUCGCAUAAUGGCUCGCCGCUGGGCCCGAGACCGAUCGAUGGAGGGGAAGAACCGCCAAGGCUACCUCCUGCGACAGGGAGUCCACGACAUCCACCACAGUAGUCGGAGGGAUGGCGUGUGUAGAAAAAGGGUCUUGGUCCUAGCGUGCAUGAACUAGUGGGGCGGACGGUUCAGAAACGGACUCCAUGCGAUUCGUUCUUCACACUUUGGUAAAAUGCAUUCCUUUGGUUUCUUCCUUCACUUUCAUUCGUUGUGGUCGUUUUAUAGCAUGUCUCUCAUUUCUUGGAUUGGAUUGCUUGUCGCUCGGAAUUGAUCUUCCACUUACAUUUCUUACCUUCUAUACCUUGAGCAUCCGUGCAGCCUCCUCUCGUAUAUCUUAUUUAUUUAUCGCCUCUGCAACAUAUGCAUAUGUUUUCGCAAUCUAUCUUGUCAAUGGACUGCGU